AUGUACCGGCAAAUAGUCAUUCAUCCCGAUGACCGCUAUUUGCAACAAAUUGUCUGGCGUGAUAACCCUUCAGAACAGCUUCAAGCUUAUCAACUUAACACCGUGACUUACGGCACCUCUAGUGCUCCCUUUUUGGCAACUAGGUGCCUCCAACAAUUAGGCUUAGAGUGUACCGAUGACAAGGUUGCUCAAGUGAUCAUUCACGAUUUUUACGUUGAUGACUUGCUAACGGGAGGGGAUGAUAUUAACGAGGUUACAGAUUUGCGCCGUAAAGUGACUUCCACAUUUGCAUCAGCUCAUAUGGUUUUGCGAAAGUGGAAGUCGAAUGAAUCUCAACUGGUUAGUGAAAAUGAUAUUUCUCCGCUUGAUUUGAAUAUUGGUGGCUUUGAACCGACUAAAACUUUAGGCCUUGGUUGGCAAUCACAUACUGACCAACUUUGUUUCCCUAUAGGAGGGCUAUUCUCAGGUAGAACAAAGUGUGAUAUGUUAUCUGUGAUUUCUCAGAUUUUUGAUCCACUAGGACUUCUAUCUCCCUGUGUAAUUAAGAUGAAAAUGCUUCUUCAACAGUUGUGGCUGCUCAAGCUGUCAUGGGAUGAGCAGUUGACGCCAGAAAUCAGCAAGAUGUGGGCUGAGAUAAUAGUCGAUUUACCUAAAUUAAAUACUCUACGUAUUCCACGUCGUGUUAUUUGUGACUCGCCUAGUUUGUUUGAAUUUCAUAUUUUCUCGGACGCUUCUGAGCGAGCAUAUGGCGCCUGUUUAUAUGUGCGUAGUGUUAAUGAUCAGGGUGAGGUUUUAAUUCAAUUAUUGAUGGCGAAAAGCCGUGUCGCGCAGCUUAAACCUAUAACAAUCCCAAGACUGGAACUUUGUGGUGCACUUGUUGGAGCUCGCCUUUACCAAAAGGUUGUAGCAUCGCUGAGACAACAGGCUAAGCGCACUUUCUUUUGGACAGAUUCGUCCAUCGUGUUAGGAUGGUUAGUGUUACCUAGCAAGCUACAACCCUUUGUCAGAAAUAGGGUUGCUGAAAUAUUAGAGAAGACUGAAAAUUGCGAGUGGAGGCAUGUCCCAACAGAGUGUAAUCCGGCCGAUCAUAUUUCUCGCGGUGUGAGUUGUAAGGAUAUUUCAUCCAUGAGUAAGUGGUGGUCAGGACCUGAAUUUUUAAAGAAAGAGGUCUCUCACUGGCCUGCAAAUUUCUUAAGUAUUAAUCACGAGUUGCCUGAGAUUAAAUCGUCAAAUGUUAUCCUCCACGGAAUACUUCAUUCUAGCAACAAUGAAGAUUUAGGUGGGAAUAAAUUAAUUGAAUUUAAACGCUUUUCUAAAUAUACUAGAUUAAAUCGGACCGUUGCUUAUGUGCUGCGUUUUAUUAAUAAUUGUAGAAAGCAAUCCGUUCACGGUCCUCUAAGCAAUCAAGAGUUGCAAACCGCACUCAAUGUUAUUAUAAGAAUAUCUCAGAGUGAAUCAUUUGAGGAAUACACCAUGUUAAUUAAAAAUAAAAGUUUACCCACUAAAAGUCCGUUGCAUAAAUUUAAUGUAUUUCUCGAUGAUAAUAAAAUAAUGCGUGUUGGAGGGCGUCUUGAAAAUUCCGAUUACUGUUAUGAGAAAAAACAUCCCAUACUUAUACAGUCCACUCAUUAUUUUACCAAAUUGCUCUUCAAUUAUGAGCACAUAAGGUUAAUGCACGCGGGACCACAGCUAAUGUUGGCCACUAUAAGAGAGAUGUACUGGCCGAUUAGAGGUCGUAAUUUGGCCAGAUCUUGUUAUCGACAAUGUGUAAGAUGUAAUAGAAUGAAAGGAAAAACCAUCUCUCCAAUAAUGGGCAACCUACCACACCAACGCAUCCUUUCUGGUUUUCCAUUUCAAAAUAUUGGACUAGACUAUGCGGGACCAAUUCAACCUGUUUCUCGCCAUGGCCGUGGUUGUAAAAUUGUAAAGGUGUAUAUAGCUAUUUUUAUUUGCUUCGCGACUAAGUCAAUUCAUCUUGAAUUAGUGGGUGAUUUAACUAGCAAUACCUUCAUAUUAGCUUUGCGCAGAUUUAUGUCUAGAAGAGGGAAACCUCUUAAUAUUUAUUCGGAUAAUGGUACCUCCUUUGUAGGCGCAUACAAUGACAUUUCAAAAUUUAUUAGGACGUAUUGUAAUUCUUUAUCUGAGGUAAUGGCAAAUGAAGGAAUUAAUUUCCAUUUCAUACCGCCUUAUUCUCCCCAUUUUGCUGGGCUUGCGGAGGCUGGUGUCAAAUGCAUUAAAUAUCAUUUAGUUAGAGUGCUGGGCAAUUGUAAUGUGACUUACGAGGAACUAAAUACCACAUUAAUACAAAUUGAGGCUAUACUUAACUCCAGACCACUCACACCUUUGUCAACGAAUCCUGAAGACUUGCUACCACUAACGCCCGGUCAUUUUUUGAUUGGACGCCCCUUGACUUCCUUGCCGACACCAGACUAUAAAGAUCAUUCCGUAAGCUCUUUAACCCGAUUUCAACGAAUAGAACAAUUACGUCAACAUUUUUGGGCUAGAUGGAGCAAGGAAUAUAUAUCAGAGCUUCAACUGCGGAUGAAAUGGCGUUCCUGUAAAGGCUCUUUGAAGUUAAAUUCACUGGUACUCCUAAAAGAGGAGAAUUCACCGCCAUUAAAGUGGAAGAUGGGUCGCAUCGUCGCAGUCCAUCCAGGCUCGGACGGCGUAUCAAGGGUGGCGGAUAUCAAAACAUCGACUGGUAUAGUUCGCCGAUCAUUUAGCAAAAUUUGUCCGCUUCCUGAACCUGAAGAAUCUGGUUGA